GCGGAAAGGUAAGAUGGCGCUUUUCAUGCACUUCUGCACGUAUGUGUUCAAAAUCCUAACCAUUCCCCUGCAAAUAGCAGAGGUACUUGGGAUUUACAGUUAUUACAGACGCUUGUUUCCUUUCCUGGUGUACAAGAUUUCCGUGUCGUACAAUGUCAAAAUGAACGAAAAGAAAAGGGAACUCUUCCGCAAUUUGAGUAAAUUCACCUCGAAUGGAUCGCUCCGGAUCCUGGAGAUUGGCUGCGGGAGUGGUGCAAACUUCGAACAUUAUCCCACCGCAUCCAAAAUUAUAUGCACCGACCCCAACCCGCACUUCAAGGACUACCUGCAGAAGUCUAUGGCAAAGAAUGACCAUUUGGUGUACGAGGGAUUCGUCGUAGCAUCGGGAGAGGACUUGAGGACCAUAGAGGACAAUUCAGUGGACGUCGUGGUGUGCACGCUGGUUCUGUGUUCGGUUCGAAACACCCCGGUGGUCCUGAAAGAGGCCAGGAGAAUUCUGAGGCCCGGUGGAGCAUUUUUCUUCAUGGAACACGUCGUUUCUGACCCAUCCACCUGGAUCUACUUCUUUCAACACGUCAUACAACCUCUCUGGUAUUACUUUGGGGACGGCUGUGAGGUAACUCGUGCCACCUGGGUGGAUCUGGAGGCUGCUGGCUUCUCUGAGCUUCACCUGAGACACAUCCAGGCCCCACUGUCUGCGCUCAUCAAACCGCAUAUCGUCGGCUAUGCCGUCAAAUAACCGAUAACACGCGCACAGGUUAGAUACAUACGGUCGGGUCCAGAAGCAUUCGGACAGUGACACGGUCUUUGUAAUUCUGUCUCUGUACACCACCCCACUGGAUUUGAAAUGAGACAAUCAAGAUGUGAUUGAAGUGCAGACUUUCAGCUUUAAUUCAAGGGGUUUGACAAAAAUAUCACAUUAGCCGUUUAGGAAUUACAGCCGUUUUUAUACAUGGUCCCUCCAUUUUCAGAGGCUCAAAAGUAAUUGGACAAACUAACAUAAUUAUAAAUAUAAGGAUUAUUUUGAAUACUACGAUGAAAAUCCUUCACAGUCCAUGACUGCCUGAAGUCUGGAACCCGUGGACAUCACCAGACGCUGAGUUUCCUCGCCUGAGAUGACGACACACACGUGCUGGUGUACAGACACAAAAUUACACAAACUGUGUCAGUAUUGUGAGAUUGUGUUACUUAUGGACCCGACUGUGUGUGUGUGUGUGUAUAAAUAAAUGAAUAUAUAUA